GCCCGCCACAGUCACGGUCAUAUUCGUGUCUAUAGCUCACCAAGCGUUCAUCUCUACAAAUACACUAAACCAACUCUCAACUACCAUGGUCGUCGUCGCAGUAGCGGGUGGAACAGGUGGGCUGGGCAAAACAAUCGUCCAAGAGCUACGGCUCCACGGCUCUCAUCAUACGUGCUAUGUUCUGGGGCGAAAGGCUCCAAAAGACGCAACUUUCGGCUCUGCCUCGUUCGUUCAGGUCGACUACGCAGAUGUCGUGUCCCUUACCAAGAUCCUAGAAGACCACCAUAUUGACACCGUCAUCUCGACUAUCAACCUAGAGACCGAUGCGGGGAGUGAGGCGCAACUAAAUCUCAUCGCUGCUGCAGAUGAGUCCAGGGUCACACGCCGUUUCAUUCCCAGUGAGUUCGUACACGUCAUUAACGAAGAUUCAACGUCGGACCCUACCAUGGCCGGCUGGGCUUUGAAUGCACGAGCUCUCAAGAAGACCGGACUCGAAUACAUCCGUAUCUCGAAUGGAUUGUUCUCUGACUACUGGGGUCUACCUCAUAUUGAGAGCAACCUUUGGCCCUUACAUUGGUUCCUAGACAUUGAGAAGGGGCUGGCUGCGAUUCCCGGCACUGGAGAUGAAAGGUUUACUGUUACGUACAGCAAGGAUUUCGCUCUAGUCAUUCUGAAGCUCCUCGAUGUUGAAGAAAGGUGGCCUGAACGCCUGUACUUAUCUGGGUCGGACAUUACCCUCAAUGAGCUCGUUGCCCAUGCAGAGAAAAUUCGAGGUUCGAAGAUCAGAGUCAUUUAUGACCCCGUUGAGAAAUUGGAACGAGGAGAUGUGACCCUCUUGUGGCAACCUGACGAUGUCCCUGAAGAACAAUUCAAGCCAUUUUUUGUUGGUCUUUGUCAAAUGAUCCUCGCUGGGCACUACCUGCUGCCCAAGGACAGCGAUUGGCUUGCCGCAAAGUUCCCCGACCUUCAUCUUACAACCGCGAAUGAGGUUCUGGAUAGGGCCUGGAAGGGGAAAGAGUUUGCAACCUGAUCAUCAUUUGACCUUGCGAAUAUUGGAAGCCUCAUUCCUUUGUCUUCCACGGAAGGUUCUAGAUACAUGUAUCACAUGUCUUCUUUCAUGUCAUCUAGCUAUAUCUAGCGGUUCCCUAGCUAGAUAGCUUCAUCGUUCUACACAAAUGCAUGCAUCAUAUUUGGCUAAGGCUGAGUUCUUUCCUGGAGCCGUAGCGCGCUCCAUCAGCAAUGUAUUGCACGUUGCUGUGGGGUUACAAUCCGGCCAUAGCUUGUCUCUAGAUUAACUUCGAACACGCCGAGGACUUGUGCAUACGAGCUUAUGCAUACAAACUGUAUCAUACGACUUGACCCCACUCGGAUCGGAGCAAAAUGGCGUAGUUGUACUUUGCACAGGAAAUGAUUGGGAUACUGGUGUCGCAAUUGUAACACACCUGAUGCGAUUUUUAUAAUAAGGCGUGAUUAUGGCGUGCCAAGUGCAGAUCGCAGAUUGAUAAUCACAACCCACUUACCGACGGGCCGCUGAUAGUUGGUGUAACCGAGGAAAGCUUGGAACGUUUGACUAACUUAAGAGCAGGGCCCUACCCGCAAUACGAUGAUAAUGAUGAUGAUGCAGGACCAGCCUUCUGGACCAUGGUAUAGGGUUGUACAUCCCUGGUCGGAUUAUACCAACCACAAUCCAUGUACUUGCGGACAGUUGAGAGGAGGCGUUGGAAGAGGCUUCUUAAGACCCACGCAUUCAUUUCAAUGUCCUUCUCCACGCUGGCUGUUGAUUGUAUCAUUCGCCUGUCUCAUGUUGACAUCCCUUAGUCCCACGCCAAUGGAAUAGAAAUGGAGACAAUAGGCGAGAGGAUCAUCGGACAUUCCUGGCCCAAGUAUAUAGUGAGCUCAUACGCCAGAUGCUUUGUUUUUUUCUCCAAUCGCCGGCUCCUCUCCAUUCUUGGUGUAACCACCCCUUGCUUCGAUUAUUUGACAACGUCAAUUUCUAACCCCGUCGCUAUCAGCGACCACCCCCC